AAGAUGGCGGACGUGGUCGUGGGCAGAGACAAGUGCGGGGAGCAGCGCCUCGUGUCGCUGCCCCUGUCCCGCAUCCGGGUCAUCAUGAAGAGCUCCCCUGAGGUGUCCAGCAUCAACCAGGAAGCUCUGGUGCUCACGGCUAAGGCCACGGAGCUCUUUGUUCAAUAUCUAGCCACCUAUUCCUACAGACAUGGCAGUGGGAAAGAAAAGAAAGCGCUCACUUACAGUGAUUUAUCAAACACUGCAGAGGAAUCGGAAACGUUUCAGUUUCUUGCAGAUAUAUUACCAAAGAAGAUAUUAGCUAGUAAAUAUCUGAAAAUGCUUAAGGAGAAGAGGGAAGACGAGGAGGAGAAUGACAACAACGAUGAAAGUGACAAUGAAGCGGAAUCCUAAACCCAAAAAGACGUGCUUUAAAAGUCGGCCUGGUAAAGCCCCUCCUGGAUCAGCACCGGUGCUCUGAAGCAAGCACAGCACUGCGAGACUUCAGUUUCCUCACUUUUCAGAGACUUUAAGUGCAUUGUAUUCUUUCUGGGCUGAGAAAGAGCAUCUGAUGCACCUACACCUAUAAAAGCCAAAAAAGCAAAGUAACCCAGACAACAGCCCCUCUUUGACAGGCUCACGCUAAGGAGAGGUGACUGAGAAAAAGCUACCAGCACAGUCAGGCACUACCAGCCCACCUGCAGCUCUCAGCUGUAGAGGCAAAGACAACUUUGCUUAACUUUUAAAUUUACAGAUAGAUUUUAAAGAGCUUCUAAAUAUCAGUUAUGUAAAUUCAUAUGUGUAUUUUGAAACUAUUUUUCUAAACAACUAGAUCCAGUUUUAGCUAAAUAUGUAGUUUGUUACAUUUUGUUAUAGUGUUAUAUGUAUGUUACAUUUUAAUUUUUGUAUUUCAAGAAAAUUUGUUUGAAUAUUUGUCCAAA